GUUACCACACUAUCUCUGAGAGCGCUGCUUCUUCGUGAAUUCCCUGCAUUCUUUAUCAUCAGAAUCGAUGCAAAGUCCAACGAAUGUCGUCAAAUCCGCUUCUACAUACAUAAAAUAGGUGCACCAUUAGGACGUCUCAUCACAAUGCAGCACACUACCUCAGUCUCUUUGCUCCAUUUCUUCAUCCUACACAUAUGGGACACCACUAACAUAUCAUGCCCCACUCGGGUCGAUUCACUUUUUUACCACUCUCGUUCUGUCUGGCAUGUGGAGACCUACCCUUACCAGCUUUUUAUCCAGGGCCAACUUGAUGAAGCAACUGAGGAUAGCACCCGCAUUUCCGUUUGCCCCAAUUGCGGUCUUAUGCCCUCCGUGAUUACAGACUCCACUUCCACUCCUCUAUCUGCAUCCUCUUUCUGUGUCUGCUCUGAUGGACGUAUUUCGAGUUAUCCUCGUUCCUACCCACAGACCUUUAAAGGAGGCCUGGAUUCUUUCAUUACCUGUUCUGAUGACGGUACUGUUCGCUUUUGGAAAUUAUUGCAGGAUGGGCGCUUGGAGACUCCUCGACUCUAUUCACCGAAAGCCCCGACGUUCGGCGAUGUGGUACGCUUUUAUCAAGAACUAGUUUUUAUCUAA